AUGGCCGGGGUCAGCUACGCGGCGCCCUGGUGGGUGAGCCUUCUGCACCGGCUGCCCCACUUCGACCUGCGGUGGGAGACCACCAGCAGCCAGUUCCGGCCCGAGGACACCGACUAUCAGCAGGCGCUGCUGCUGCUGGGGGCCACCGCUCUGGCCUGCCUCGCCCUGGACCUUCUCUUCCUGCUCUUCUAUUCCUUCUGGCUGUGUUGCCGGCGGCACAAGACCGAGGAGCACCUGGACGCCGACUGCUGCUGCACAGCCUGGUGCGUCAUCAUCGCCACGCUGGUGUGCAGCGCUGGCAUCGCCGUGGGAUUCUACGGCAACGGGGAGACCAGUGAUGGCAUCCAUCGGGCCACCUACUCGCUCCGCCACGCCAACCGCACGGUGGCCGGUGUCCAGGACCGUGUGUGGGACACGGCAGUGGCCCUGAACCGCACGGCGGACCCCAACCUGCAAAGUCUGGAGCGGCAGCUGGCCGGGCGGCCGGAGUCCCUGCGGGCCGUCCAGAGGUUGCAGGGCCUGCUCAAUAUGCUGCUGGGCUACACAGCUGCCAUCCCCUUUUGGAGGAACCCCACCGUGUCAAUGGAGGUGCUGGCCGAGCAGGUCGAUGUCUACGACUGGUACAGGUGGCUGGGCUACUUGGGCCUGCUGCUGCUCGACGUUAUCAUCUGCCUCCUGGUGCUGGUCGGCCUCAUCCGAAGCUCCAAGGGCAUCCUGGUCGGGGUCUGCCUGCUGGGGGUCCUAGCCCUGGUCAUCAGCUGGGGUGCACUGGGCUUGGAGCUGGCUGUGUCUGUGGGCUCCAGCGACUUCUGUGUGGACCCCGACACCUACGUGACCAAGAUGGUGGAGGAGCACUCGGUGCUGAGUGGGGACAUCCUGCAGUACUACCUGACCUGUUCACCCUACACCGCCAACCCCUUCCAGCAGAAGCUGUCGGGCAGCCACAAGGCACUGGUGGAGAUGCAGGACGUCGUGGCUGAGCUCCUGAGGAGUGUUCCCCGGGAGCACCCAGCCAGCAAGGACCCCCUGCUCCGAGUCCAGGAGGUGCUGAAUGGUACAGAAGUGAACCUGCAGCACCUCACUGCCCUGGUGGACUGCCGCAGCCUGCAUCUGGACUACGUGCAGGCGCUGACAGGCUUCUGCUACGAUGGCGUCGAGGGCCUUAUCUACCUGGCCCUCUUCUCCUUCAUCACAGCCCUCAUGUUCAGUUCUAUCGUCUGCAGCGUCCCACACACCUGGCAGCAGAAGAGAGGCCCUGAUGAGGAUGGAGAGGAGGAGACUGCCCCAGGGCCGCGGCAGGCGCAUGAUAGCCUCUACCGUGUCCACAUGCCCAGCUUGUACAGCUGCGGCAGCAGCUAUGGCAGUGAGACCAGCAUCCCAGCCGCGGCACACACCGUCAGCAAUGCCCCGGUCACCGAGUACAUGAGCCAGAAUGCCAAUUUCCAGAAUCCCCGCUGUGAGAACACCCCACUCAUUGGGCGCGAGUCCCCACCACCCUCAUACACCUCCAGCAUGAGAGCCAAAUACCUCGCCACGAGCCAGCCUCGCCCUGACUCCAGCGGCAGCGGCCACUAGACCGCACACCGGCCAGCCACCCGCCCCACGUGCCAACUGCCCCCACCCCUCCCUGUGCCAGCACUGCCACUUACACCCCAUGGCUGCCCGCCGGACCCUCUGCAUGCCAUGCCAGACCAGCCUUGGGUGCAUCUGCAGGCCACUAGCUCCCUCCUCUCCCCUCCCCGCAGGGGGCACAGAUGCCCAGCACAAGCUCCAAGCAGGGUUGAGAAGCAGAGGCUCUGGGCCUGCACCCUAACUUGGUCACACACCUGGACCGACAUGUGGGAACACUGCCACCAACACCCUGGCCCUGCUCAGGCCCUGCUCCCCACAUCCCUCUACCCUCUGGGAUUCACUGGGCCCUGCUCGGUCUGGGCCAGGUGCUCUGCCCCCAACAUGCUUCCUCUGCAGAUGGCUGUUGACCUGCUGGUCCUCUGACCAGCUCACUGCACGCUCCUCUCCAGCCCUGCUUCCCACCUGCUGUCUCCUGCUUCCCUCAGAGCCUCUCUCUGCCCAUCCUCGCCUUCAAUGCUCCUGUGGAUCGCUCCUCAGUUCAUAGGCAUGGCAGGAGUCCCCUGUGCCAGGCAUCUGCUGGCCACUGAGCGAGGGGUACACACUCAAAUGCUCAGCUCUGCACACCUGGACCCUCCCGCGGCCCCUGCACACCAUCUCUCUGCAGUGUCUGUAGCGCUGUCUCUCACCCAUGCUGCCUACUUGACCACAGGCUUGCUCCUCCUGCCAGCUGCCAGAAGCCUCCAGGGAGGCCCCCUUUCUCUUCCUCCUGCCCGGCAUCGCUCUCUCCCUCAGUGCCUGCCCUGCCUGAGGCACCCAGCCCUCCACGACAGCAGGCGCCAUGUGGAGCCCAGGCUGCACACCCGGCCCCCCAGUGCUGGCCGCCUUCUUGGUGCCAAACCCCCUCCCCACCCCACCCCCAGAGACUUGGCAGCUUCGUCUGGUUCGUUUUUUUGCACUAACCACAUUUGUCAUCUCUAGGGCAGGCUGGGGCUGUGGGUCAAGCCCCUUCCUCCCCUCUUGGUUCCAUUUCCAUGCAGGACAGGCGCAGUGUCCCCAGAGCCUAGCCUCGGAGGCUGGACUCAAGCUGGCUGUGAAUGUGCCCUUAGCCCCUGCUGCGCCUCUUGGGACUAACCACUAACCUCACUCUCAGCCUCCAUGGGUGCUCCUGGCUGACCCAGAGCCAGUGAGUGGACCCGCAGUCCAGGCUGGAGCCAAGGCCCAGGACAGCUGGCUGGGAGCUGGGGCUGGAGUCACCGUUUCUUUGUGGGGUGCUGCUGGGGAGGGGCCAAGACCAACAGGCAGCCCAAAGGGCCUGGAGACCCCUCCCUGGGCAGGUGCUGCCCCAGGAGGACCAUGUCCUCAAGAACAAAUAUCACAUGGGCUUUGGGCUGAGGUCCUUUGUGGCUUCAGUCUCCCUACCUGUGAAGUGGGAACAGGCUUCCCUAAGGUGCUUUUGGCUUUAGUGUACAAUGUUUGCUGUGCUUCCUGUCACGGAGGGUGGAGCCACCCCCCCAAAUCAGGACCGGGAAGUUCUGCCCAUUCUAGCCCCAGCCCUGGCCCAGCCAGCCAAGACAACGAGGCUCAAUACAUGCUCUGGCCUGUGUGCCAAAGUCAGGGGCAGCCAGAGGGCCUCUGGACAGCCACAAAUAGGGGCCAUGGCUGGGCCCCUCAGGGGAGGUGGCCCCAGCAGUUUACAGACAUAUGGUUCUUCCUCCUAGAGCAGCAGGGCAGCUACCUGUACCAGAAAUGUCCUCAGCCCUUCCCUGGGGCAAGGCUCCACCCUGCCCUUUUCCAUGACCACCCUUUCUUUGUGCUGGUGUCUGGGACCAAAGGAGGGUGGGGUAGGGAGUCUGAUGGGGAGGGGAGUCAAU